AUGUCGGCGGCCAAUGUUUGUGUUUUCGUGCCGGAAGAUCGCUUCCAGAACAAGAGAGAUCCAAUGUCGCACAGAAUCAUAGAGAAGCGGAGACGGGAUCGCAUGAACAACUGCCUGGCAGACCUCUCCAGACUUAUCCCAGCUAUUUAUUUGAAGAAAGGGAGAGGUCGCGUCGAAAAGACCGAGAUCAUCGAAAUGGCUAUCAAGCAUCUGAAGCAUCUCCAGUCACACGCCUGUAACGACCCGGCAACGUGUGAGGUUGCGCAGCGAAUCGACACGGACCAUCGACAUCAGUACCGUCUCGGCUUCCAGGAGUGCAUGUCCGAGUGCGUCAGAUUCUUGGUCGACAUCGAGGGCAGGUACGCGAACGACGAGUUCUGCAUUCGCCUCAUGACCCACCUGAAGAAGCAUCUCGAUAAGCUGCAGGGUCAUAACAUCUGCUAUCAAGUUCCUGGCGCGGUCGGUAGCGGGCCCGGGCAGUCGACGAGAACUUCCCCGGUAGCGAGCUCAUCGACCGCUAGCAAUGGCAACAGCAGCAGCAGCAGCAGUGGCGCGACGACACCUGCGACACAGAUCAUACAGCAAACCCCACAACAGGUCCCAGCGAUCCCGAUACAGAUUCAUCCACCGUCGAGCGGUGUGGUGAACGUGAUGGGGUCCCCUGCUGCGACGACGCGGCUCUCAAGCGAUGAUGUGAGGUCUCUAGAGAGCGAACCUUCCGAAUCGGCUUUCACGAGACGCGCAGGAGGAACUUUCGCGCCCCGCGGCGGCCUUCUCCAUCAAGGACCCCAUGAGAAAUCUCAACUCCAUCAUCUCAUGGUCCCGAAACAAGAGAGCCGGUCUGCCUCAGUCGAACGGAAGACUGCUCUCUCUGAUGCAACCGGCAGUCCUCUGGGAGUCGUCGAGGAGUCUGCGAGUCAACUUCGCGAGAUGCUGCAGACAGCAUCUUGUUUCGAGCCUAAUAUGCGAAAAAGGAGCAACACUGACACCAACAUGUCAACAGCGAACGCUUUAUCCUGCGGCGACGUGUCUCCGUCGAAAACUCCGAACUUGACUCCUAAUCCCAAUGAAGAGGUUUAUCACUUCAAAAAGAACAUCAAAGAAAGAUUCCAGUCGAACCUUCGUUUGUUCACUUCGUCACCGACGGAGAGCGUCGACGGCGAUGACUCGAAGGGUUUGACUGGGCACGAAGAACGUCGUUACUCACAUUCUCAGGUGCAAGGCCCGGUGGCGAGUCCGCACAGUCCUGCCUCGUUCUCCCGUAACACGGUUUCGGCGCCUCCCAUCGGCGAAAGCGACCCCGAAGCAGCUUCCUGCGCUAAAGAUCUAUCCAUGAACGCGCACAACCGUCAAGCUCAGGUGAAAUGGGAACCGAAUCAAAUGGAUUCCAGCAGCAGCGCGGGGAGCCCGCCUGCCAGCAACGGUUUGCCGAGCCUUCCCCGGUCGAGCGGCAGUUCCUCCGGUUACAGCAGCGGUAGUGCCGAUGCCGUGAACCCCGUCCUACUACACUCGCAAGUUAGCCCGCCACUGCAGGCACGGCAGAGCGUGCUGCCGUCCAGCGUGCCCAUAUUCGCGCUGCACCCCGAAGGCUCGUACUACAUUCCUCUGACCAUGGACACUUCGCUCAUCAUGCCUUUCAUUCAGUCAACAUCGGUGGACGACUCAAAGCUACCCGUCCUUCAUCCAGUGAGCAUAUCGGUCAAAUUCGGCGUCUCGAACGUGUACAGUGAACAACAACAACAGCAGCAGCAGCAGCAACAACAGCAAGAACGGCAGUCACAGCAUGUGCAACAGCAAUUGCACGUGAGUGCGCCCGUCUCGCAUUCUUCACCUUGGAUGUAUGUUAGGGGACCGGACCCUCGACUCCGUCUUCUGCUACCUGAAGGAAGGCUUUGA